UUCACCCAUAUGUAUCUUCUGAUUCCAGCUUCUUUUCCAAAGAUGUGUGCUGCUGCUGGGGAAGGUGGGCAGGGUGAAUUGGAGCAUGGAGUUGUAUGGUAUCCCAGAGGGCCUCCAUGGAACAAGAGAGAAUGUGCUGCAGGAGGCAUAUCCACUCCCCAGCGUUGCUCAUAACGCUAUUUUUUCCCCUCCCUUUAACUACAUACCUCAGAGCAAAGAGAAGUCCAGUCUGAGGGAAAGGCUGAAUUGGCAAUGCCUUUCUCAUUCUUGUGCCUUUGUUUCUCUUCAUGAAUCCACUCUGGACCGUAUUACUGGGGUGACAGUGUCGACCCCAGGUGUGCCUUAGGUCCAGCCACACAACCCCCAAAUCCACAAUCUUUGUAAUCUUGUAGCCUUUUGACUGUAAUCCACUUUCUCAGGAGAUGGCCAGUGCCCAAAGAGCACCCUCAUCCCACAUCUGCGAUCGGGAACUGCUGCAGGCUCAGACAAACCCUUACUUGGUCAAGGGACAAGGAGUUGACGCUCGUCAGCCUGUGCUGUUUUAUCUGCAUUGCAAAUCUGCUCCUGUAAAAGAUCACUGUCCUCAGAGCCCUCUCAAGUUUUGUAACUGGACACCAGCCACUUAAUUUAAACUUAAAAUAAAAGAGCAGAAGAUGCCCAGACUCCCAUAUGGACCACAUAAUAUAAUCUGGCCCUUAGAAGCCCAUGCCAUGGUUAGGGCUCAGCUGAGCUGCCAUCUCCAGGCGUCUCCGCCACCAUAACAGACUGAGAUGCACACGCAUCUGGCUUGAUGGUGAUUACACAAGCAGUAUUGAAAGCAGAAAUGCUAUUUCAUGGCUAGCACCUGAAAUAGCCUUUACUCCACUGGUGCUGUGUUUCAGUGUAAGGGAUGAAGUUCCCUGGUGGCUCCCUCACCCUCCAUGAUGAGCAGUUCGGUCAAGAUUCAUAGGAACUUAGUGAGGCCUUAAGAGCUGCUGCAGUGUUUCUCUGCUCUGUGCUGGCUCACAUUUUAUUUGGGAAUGGGUUGUCUGUCAAACACAGGUAGCAGAGAGCUGAAAAGCCUACCAGUCUGACUACCAGCAGAGGGACCUAAAAUGCACAGAUGCAGCCAAAGUCAUGGUGAUCUUCAAGGAUUGGGAUUUGCUCACUGUUUUGUUUCACCAGCUCCAUGAUCAGGAAGGUUACUGGGUGGAAGGCCAGCGUGGCAGAGUGAGAGUUUGUCCUGCCAGCACUGCUGAGCUGUCUAAAUGCAGCUUUUUUUUUGUGCAGAGGACUAAGCAACUUGUGGGUUGGGAUUUUUUUGGUUUGUUGCUUUUUUUUUCAGCUCCUUCAUACAAUUUUAGACUCCUUUCUUAUUUUGAAUUGAUUUUUUUUUGUGCAGGAAUCCUCUGAUAUUUAUGGGGAGCUCCCUGCCAUGAGCUUCUGAGCUGUCAGUGGUGGCAACGUAUGAUGGCAACAGGCCAGCUAUGCCCCCGUUUCAUCUGGUCUGCAUGGAACACCUUGCUGCCUGUGGUCACAGUUUCAGCAGAUUGUUUAAACUCUAAUAGAAGGUUUCAUCUCCCUGGGUUUAACUAAGCACAGAAAAAGCCCCAGUCUGUUGCACCUGCUGCUCGGGGAGGCUUGUUGCAAACUGUGGUAUUAAAUUUCAGCAUGGCCAGUGCAAACGUGGAGCUGAGACUGGAUCUAGGCUUCAGUGUCCAGGAGCUGCUUGCUUGGGAGGGAGCAAAUUCUAAUCUGGUGAUCUCCCCUGCAAGGAGACACCUAAGUAAAGUGAGAGUCCGCACUCUGGCUGAGGAAACCGCUGUGAUAGUGAGUGCUUGUCGCCUCCCUCUGAUUUACCAUUCACUUUGCAGAGACAAUCACAGCUUUCUGAUGAGGAUUAUGUCUUUCACAGUCAGCGUCCCUAGGGUUAGAGGAAAAAGGAGAAUUUGUGCAGAUAAACAGACAUCCCCAUGAUACCCAGACUGGUCUGUGGUCUGAGUCCUAUCAAAGCUAUUCCUAGCAUGUGAUGCAGCAGAAUAUAUUGCAGAGCAGCAGAGGCAGACCUUGUGCUGACAGAGCAAGGAAACUCUGACACUGUGCCUCUCUUCUCACAUGGUUUACGUGCAAAGCACUCACCUCCUGGCUAAAAGGGGAUUUGAAAAUGUUGGAUACGACAUGCAGGGGAUAAUAAAGCUGUUGGUGAGCUUGCACCAGAUACAAUUAUUUCCAUAGUUUGACACAAUCAGCAUUUGAAACACAUCAGCUGGCAGUGAUGUCUGUUCUACAUCACUCCUGAUUUUGUAAAAUAAUUGUUUUUGGUUUUUUUUUUAAAUAAAAAGAGAAUAUUGGGAUGAUAGAUUCCCUGGCACUCUGUUAAUUGAUCUGAGCAGUUUAUAACCAGAAGCGCAUGUUAAUUCCUGGACCUCCUAAAGCGGGAGGAUGGUCUGUGGGACGACGGAUCUGAGACGACAAUGCUUUUUUCAUCCGGUAUCCUGAUGCGGGAAACGCUCAAAUUCCCAAAAUUUUCCAUCCUAGCUGGGAUGUUUUAAGAGGAAACUUAAAGGAAACGUCAGACAUCCUUAGGCGGAGGACACAGUGGGGGCGGGCAGCGUCGAGAGCCCGCCCCGUCAACCGGCUGUAAACAGCGGAGCGAUGCGGGCGAUCGCAUCCUGGUGAGGAGAGCACGGAGCCUUCUGGAAUCGGAGUGCUCAGCGGUGCCAGAGCAGAGUGUGAUCACUGACAGGAGCUGGGGAACGAAGGAUCUGCGGAAAGGUAUCUGAAUUCCCUCAUGAGAAGUGUCCUCCCUGCCUCUCAUGUGCAGCCUUACCUGUUCAUGGGUGGUACCAGCUUCACUGAUGCCCUGAAGAGCAUUCCUCACCAUGGAUAGUCCACCCAAACUGACUGGUGAGACGCUGAUUGUCCAUCACAUUCCUCUGGUGCAUUGCCAGGUCCCUGAUAGACAGUGCUGCUCCGUGAGCAAAAGGACCAACCCCUUCUGCCAGCCAGAGCUCAGCAUUACACGGACCUCUGCCCUCCCAGACAGAGACCUUUCACAGACUGACUCCUUGGUAUACAGCAGCUUUCUCCAGACCUCUGAAACCUCAGCAGAGGCCUCAGACAACAAAGAAGGAAAAGCAAGGGAUCUCAUUGUCCCUGGUGUCAGUAAGCGACACAACCCUUUCCUGCUGAGUGAGGGUGAAGACCUCAGCAUUUUUGGGGAUGACUUGGGUCAAAAGUCUUUCCACCUUCACAACUCACUUGUCGAUGGCAAACCUCCCUUCAAUCUGCAGGAGCUGGCCCUGCCCCCUUUCCACCUCCAUGACUCCAACCACAUUGUGAAAUCCUGGAACAUGGCCAGCCGGUCCGGUGUGGUGGAUGGGCAAGAGGACAAAAUCAGCAGUGAUGACAUCCAGAAGAGGAACAAUGCAAACAGAUGCCAUCAGGCCUCAGAACGCAUGGAGCUGGAUGAAUGCAGCUGCCACCGUGGCAGCUCCUCCAGCUUCUCCUUCGAUGGUGGUGACCAGGAGUGGAACCAGAACACGGGUGAAUCCCUGGGGAAUCAGGAUGCCCUGCACAGCCGGACAUGCAGCUGUUCCAGCUCAGAGAUCCAGCACUGUCGGUGCUACAGUUCAUCAAGUCAGUCUGAAGUGAUUGACCAACAGAUGGGCUACAUCAGUGACUCUUCCUGCAACAGCUCCGAUGGUGUGCUGGUGAACUUCAGCGCUCUCUACAACAAAAUGAAUGGCCAAUCUCAAUCCAACCUGAAUUCAGCCAACCUGUCCUGUGACUCUUCCUUCUGCAGCCACUCAGACACAGGAGCUUUUUACCUGGAUUUGCAUUCAUCACCCACAGAAUCCAAGAUGUCUUGCGAGUCGCAUCACCCAGAGAGUUCAGGGAAGGUGUGUGGGUGCCAACACUCCUCCUCACCUGUCCUUGAUGCUAACUGCAACUCCUACCACCUCCACUGUGAGCCUUGCACUUCAGAGAGCUCUGACCUCACUGCCUGCUUCCAGAGCCAAGCACGGCUCGUUGUGGCUACUCAGAAUUACUACAAGUUAGUCACAUGUGACUUGUCUUCCCAGUCAUCCCCCAGCCCCGCAGGAUCUUCCAUAACUAGCUGCUCGGAAGACCAGACCAAGGGUAGCCCAGCCCAACCCACAGAAUACUAUCUGUUUAGAAGGCCUGACCUGAGACAAGAGGAAGGCAAUGUGGAGUGCAGUGAAGAGGAGGCAAAGGGAGAAUCUGCCCAGAACAUGAUUGAGGGUCAGGUCUAUGUCAAUGUGUCACCACCAAACCUCAACACAAGCCGGCAGCGCUCCAGGAGCUAUGAUCAAAACCUGGACAGGAGUCCCAGCAGCAGGCUGGGCUCCUUGGAACGCAUGGUGAGCUGUCCAGUCAAGCUGAGUGAAAGUCCAGCAAUACCCAUCCAGAGUUCUCCCCCAAAGAGAGUGACAUCUUUUGCUGAGCUGGCUAAAGGACGGAAAAAGAAUGGCACCUCCCCGCCCCUCCGGUCUAGCGGUGAUUCCUCCUUGGAGUUCUCUCCUAUACCUGAGACUCAGCGAGAUUGCCCAACCUUCCUUGAAGAAAGAGCUCGGCGGAGCCAGAGUCUUCCACCCAUGCCCUUUGUCCAUGGCCUGAACCGCAGCUGUGAGGGCUUCUGUUUGAACCAUGCUUUUGGGGACAGCCAGGCUUUGUGUUCCACCAAGGACUCGGUCUCCAGUGAGAAGGUCUCCGGUGGGCAUGGGGCAGGUGAGCAAGCCUCUCUCUCCCUGCUGAUGGAGGCAGAUGCCAGCUUCUCGGGUGGCUCUGCCAGUGGCCACGGACAAAAAGAUGUUAGAGCCCGAGCAGACGGUGGUGGCACAGACAGCAAGCCUGUGGUGCGCUACAGCAAGGACCAGCGCCCCACGACUCUGCCCAUCCAGCCUUUUGUUUUCCAGCACCAUUUCAGCAAGCCACCCAAGGCACGUGCCCUGCACAGCCAUUUUGCUUCCAGCCUCUCCCAGCUCUACAGCUUGUCCAGCAACCGGCCUUCCAGCCAGCAAAUCUCCUGUUCCCAGUCCUCAGCCUUGGCCAGCUCGGCAGAGCAGGCGGCGGUGGCGGGGAGCCAGGCCCAUGGCACGCUCGUGACCCAGCGCUCGGCAGACGGAGCUGCCUCCCGCAACGAUGGGGGCAUUAAGAAGUCCGCCCCCGAAACAACCCGUCCGUCCCCGCUGGGCAGUUACUCCCCUGUGCGAUGCAACGUGCCUUUCUUCCAAAGCAUGGACUCCUCCUCCUCGCCCCCUGCAGAGAGAGCUGAAGACAGCCAGCCGCCCAGGAGCAGGUCCUGCCCCAUCUCUGCCAACCUGCUGCCCACGAGGUCGUCCCCUGCUGUCAGUGCCAUGCAGCCCUCCAAAACCACCAAAGCUGAUGCCCUGAGGCAAAAGGAGAACCCCAAGAUGAUUCCCAAGAAGGAGGCACCGCUGGAGCCAAGCCCACCACUCUCUGAAUACCGACUCCACAGUGGGUCCCUCCCGCCCCUCUCAGUGGGUGGCAUGUCCAUGAGCAGAGUAGGAGGCCAUGCAGAUUCCCACUGGAGAAGUGGCAGUGAGAGCAGCAGCUCUGGCCCCCUGAGCAACAUGGGAAUAAGGCCCGUCAAUGCGAACCACCUCUCUCCCCAAGCGCUGAAGUGGCGGGAGUACAGGCGGAGGAACCCCCUGGGUCUGGACCGCGUUUCGGGGCUGCCCAGCUUAGCAGGCAGCCUGGAUAGGAGGCAGCAAGAGCCUCGGCUGAACCGGGGCAACCCCAUCUUUGAGCUCCCUGGCGCUCUCAGCACCAGCCAUUUCCACUGCAAGCUGAACGGGCAGUCUAUGAGGCAACUCCAGCUUACCUACAAUGACUUCUUCCCCGACUACUUCUCACUAGCGGAGAAACCUCCCGCUGAGUUCUGCCUCUCCCCAGAUGGCAACACAGAGUCCAUCUCCAUCGACCUGCUGCAGAAGAAGGGUCUGGUGAAGGCAAUCAACACUGCUGUUGACCUGAUUGUGGCUCACUUUGGAACCAGCAGGGAUCCAGGGGUGAAGGCCAAACUUGGGAACAGCUCCGUGAGCCCCAAUGUGGGACAUCUCAUCCUGAAAUACCUGUGCCCUGCUGUCCGGGACAUUCUGAGUGAUGGGCUCAAGGCUUACGUCCUGGACAUGAUCAUUGGCCAGAGGAGGAACAUCCCCUGGAGUGUGGUGGAGGCAUCCACCCAGCUAGGCCCCUCUACCAAGUUGCUGCACAGCCUCUAUAGCAAGAUCAGCCAGUACACGGAGCUCACCAACCACACAAUGAGGUUCAACGCCUUCAUCUUUGGCCUCCUCAAUAUCCGGUCCUUGGAGUUCUGGUUCAACCACCUCUACAACCAUGAAGAUAUCAUCCUGGCACACUACCAGCCAGUGGGUUUCUUGUGCCUGUCUCACAGCGUGUGCCAGCCUCUUUUUGAGGAGCUCCUGCUCCUGCUCCAGCCUCUCUCUCUGCUGCCCUUCAACCUAGACCUCCUCUUCGAGCACCACCUGAUGCAGAUGGGCAAAGAGCAGCAGCAGCAAAAGGAGCUGCUGCGUGUGAAGCAGGACCUGCUGCUGUCCGUGCACUCCACCCUGCAGCUGAUGCGGACGCGGGGCAGCAGUGAGGAUCCCGAUGGCUGCAGCACCGCCCCUGAGACAUGCCAAGGGGGUGCCAGAGAUGAUGACAUCUCACCAGGGCACAGCCCACAGCAAGCUGUGAGUGAGAAGAGGGUCAAGGGAGUGGGAGCCUCCUGUGGAGAUGGUGACAGGGAGGAAGAGCGGAGUAAGAUGCGAGAGAGCACAUGGGAGAGGAAGAAGGACAAGCAGGCAGGCUGGUGGUACCAGCUCAUGCAGACCUCUCAGAUUUACAUCGAGGGAUCAGCUGAAGGCUCAAAGUUCAUCCGCUCGGAGAAGAAGAAAGCUGCUUUGAAUACUGCACCCAAGUCAGUGGAGACCCACAAGGCACCACCACCCCGAGAAGGGGUGGUGGAGGGCGCAGAGGCUUGUCCCAUUGCUGAGGGUACCUUGGAGGAGAGGCCCAAGGCUGCCAGCAAGCCAAGUCCUGAAGCUGUGGAAGAGCCCCUGGAAAAGCCCCAGCAGGUCAUGGUCAGCGAAGAGGUGAAGGAACGGAGCUGGCCUUUCUGGAUGGGCAGUCCCCCAGACUCGGUGCUUACAGAGCUGAAGCGCAGCAAGGAAAAGGAGACUGGGACUCAGCAAAGAGUGGGAGCAGCAGCAUCAGCCCCUCAAGAGGACAGCAGCACCAGUGCAUCAGAGGGCAGCCAGGCUAUCAAGUGGGGACAUUUGUUUGGGUCCAGGAAGGUACAAAAAGAGCCCAGGCAACCGAACAGGUUGCCCUCUGGCUGGCUGAGCUUGGACAAGUCCGUGUUCCAGCUGGUGGCCCAGACAGUGGGGGCAAGCAUGUGGCGUGAAGCAGCCCCUGAGCCAGACCCCCCCCAGCCAGAGCCCCCUGAGGUGCCCCCUGCGACACUGCCGGCCCAGGGGAUGUCUCCCCACCCUACCUGUGAGGUGAAAGCUCUUUGCCAUCACAUUGCCACUGAGGCAGGACAACUGAGCUUCAACAAAGGGGAUAUUCUGCAGGUCAUCUCCAAGGUGGAUGGUGACUGGCUGCAGUGCAGCCUUGGCUCUGAGAAGGGACUGGUGCCCAUCAUGUAUGUCACCCACCCAGAGGAUGAGGACUAUUGACACAUCUGGGAAGCCAAGCACAGUUCUGUGGGCUGCUGAGGCUCCUCUGGGGUAGCCCACCCUGCCAGAGGAACAAACACAGCUUCUUGCUAGUUUCUUACCUUUCUUGCCAUUACAGAAUACAGUAACCGUAGGUGGUUCCUUCUUGCUCCUCCCUGUGCAGCUGCCAAAGGCCAGCUCGGCCCCCUGGGGUCCUCUGCGAGCUGCACCUCCUAUCGCCAAGCAUUGCCAUGCAUGCAGCCACACCAGGGACCACCUGACCCCCCCCUCCACCCCACACUGUCUCCAGCACCCACAGACCAUGGACUCCUACAUUACAGGAACCCAAACAGCGCUGCCCCACUGCCCAGCUGUUUCAUGCUGGGGGGUGCAGGAUGCUGUCCCCUUCCCAGGGGUGGCAGCCUUCUGCAUCCCUGGCAUUCUUGGCCGCAGGGUGGGAGCACCGUGCGUGGGCAAGGUCUCUGCAAGGCUGGGCUGAUGGGUUCUGUUGUGGUUUGAUGGGGGUAGGCUCCCCCACACUGGAGCAUCCCUGUCCUAAUGUGUUGUUGUACCAUCUGUACCACUGGUACAGCCUGGUGGGUUGCACCAGGACAAGUGGCCUGGCAGUGCCACACUGCAGGGCUGGGGCUGUGCCUGGCCACAGCCAGGGGAGGGGGACAGGAUAUGUGUGUGUGUGUGGAGCAAAGGGGCGCGGGGGGUUGUGAGGAAGGCGUGUGGAUGUUCAGUGUUAUGUAGGUCUGGGAUGGGUAGUGCCACCCUGUGCAGAGAUGGGUGCUUUGGGGGUUGGCCCCAUGCCCUUCACACUGAGCAGGGAGCCAGUGCUUGGGAAGCCCUGGGAUGCUCAUUGGAGAGGGUUGGAGGGGAGGGGAUGAGGGCAGGGUCCCUGACUGGGCUAGGGAUGUUGGGGGCAGUGCUCCCAGCAGGUAGAUCGGGGUGCUCCCAGAGGGAGUGGGGGAGCCUGGGGAGGGAGGGGUGGUGCUCCCCUUGGCACAGGGUUUCUGGUCUUGCUGAGCAGUGCCAUGGGGUGGGGGGGAUAAGUGUUGUGCAUAAGCACAAGGGGAUACUGGAGGUCCUGGGGUCCUUGGUAGAGGCAAUGCCAGUCAACCCCUUCCUUGCCAUGUUCAUGCCGCCUGCUGUAGUGGGGAUCUUCACCUGCAUGUCAGGUGGGGAACAGUGUUAAUGAAAGGCCAUGCCAGUAUUUGGUGCCUUGGCCGGGUUGACGCUGUUCACAGCAUCGUGCCUGGGCUGGCUUCACCAUGGCAAGGGGCCCUGGUCUUGCUAGGUUACCUCCUGCUUGUACAUCGCUUAGCGGACGUUGCACCAUAUUUAAUUUGUAUUUCCCUGUUAGAAUGAGGUGUCUCGCCUUUAUUUAUUUCUUUAUUUAUGAUGCAUAUUAAUAAAAAAGGUGCUGAUUGAG